UUUAAUCUCAUCCAUGCUUUAACAACCUCCAUCUCCGCCUCCAAUUCUCAAAGAUCAAAAGAAGAAAAAUGACUCAUUUUCCAUCUUAAAAUAUCACAAUAUCCUCUCUUUUUGCUCUAAUCCCUGUCGCUCUCCCCCACACUUUAUUUCCCUCUUUCUCUUUUCUCAAAACCCCUUUAGUCCAUUUUGCUUCCUCAAUUUACUAAACCCUCACCAUUUUCUUAAGCUUUAUCUCACACAAACUCCCCCAUCUUAAACACAAUUAUGGAUUCAACAAAAUCCCAUUCUUCAUCUUCAACCAAAAGCAAAUUUACCAAAUCAUUCUUCAAAGUAAUCCACCUCAAAACACCUACAAAAACCAUCUCCAACAAUCCCUUUUGCCUGCUCAUUCCCCAAGAAAAACCCAAAAAUGGUGACCAAAAACUCAAGAAAAAUGACCUGGUCAAGGCCAAGAACAAGGCAGCCAUGGAAGCUUUUGUGGCCAAGCUUUUUGCUACCAUUUCAACAAUCAAAGCUUCUUAUGCUGAGUUACAGAUGGCCCAGUUCCCCAAGUACAAUGCUCAAGCUAUACAGUUGGCUGAUCAAGGCGUUGUUGAUGAACUUCGAAAACUCUCUGAGCUGAAACAGAGUUUCUUGAAGAAACAAGUUGAUUCUUCACCACCCCAUGUCACUCUUUUGCUCACUGAGAUUCAAGAACAGCAGAGUCUUAUGAAGAUGUAUGAGAUCACAAUCAAGAAAAUGGAAGCUGAGAUUGAGGCCAAAAAACACAAACUUUUGAGUCUUCAAGGUCAGCUUCAAGACACAAUGUUGAAAAACAAAUCACUCGAAAAGAAAUUAAACUCAAGUGGGUGUUUUUCAAUACUUGAAAACAUCAAUCUUUCUGCCCCAAAUCCUAAAGAUUUUAUAUUGGUUUUGCAAUAUACGAUAAGGUCAGUUCGAAACUUUGUCAAGCUUUUGGUUCAAGAAAUGGAGUCUUCUAGCUGGGAUAUUGAUGUUGCUAUUGAUUCAAUCCAUCCCAACUUGAUUUUAUCAAAUAAAAAUCAUAAAUGUUUCGUUUUCGAAUCAUUUGUGUGCCAAGAAAUGUUUCAAGGUUUCGAAAACCCUGCAUUUUGUCUACAAAAUGAUCAGUCUUGUGACUCUUUUGUACCAUACCACAUGGACCAAUUCAAGAAGCUCAAGUCGGUUAAUUCAGUUAAUUUCUUGAAAGCUCAUCCCACUUCUUCGUUCGCCAAAUUCACAAGAUCGAAGUAUUUACGUUUGGUUCAUCCCAAAAUGGAGGCCUCAUUCUACGGAAAUUUGAAACAGAGGAAAAUGAUAAAUGCUUGGGAGUUUCCGGAGACUCCGUUUUUCAAUCUGUUUUCGGAAAUGGCAAGGAGGGUUUGGAUUUUACAUAGUUUGGCCAUUUCGUUUGAACAAAAAUUGAGUAUUUUUCAGAUAGGUAAGAAAUGUAGAUUUUCUGAGGUAUAUAUGGAGAGUGUUGUGAGUAGUGAAUCUAGCUCGAGCGGUGACGGUGGUCUUACGGUGGCCUUCACGGUGGUUCCGGGGUUCAGGAUCGGUGAAACGGUGGUGCAAAGUCAAGUGUUUUUAUCUCCGGCUAAAUGAUGGAGUAUUUGCAGUAAGUAGGGUGUUCAUAAUGCUAAGUUUUUACAUGUAUUUUGUUUUUAUUAGUGUUAGUAAUAUUUUUUAGUAAUUAUUUUUAUACUCCCUC